AUGGCUAAGGAUAUGGUGGUUUGCGACGGGGUGAGGCAUUUGGGGUUGGCUGUGGGGUGUGAUGGCUCUAUUUCAUAUAUGGGUUCGGGUUUGCAGAGAUGGAUUGUACGAUGGGGUUCGGUGGUUUGCAGAGAUGGGUUGUGCGAUGGCUUGAUAUCAGAUGGGGUGGUGUUUGAUUUCAGAUGGGGUGUGUUUGAAAGGGAAUGGGGUUUUUAA